GCUUAGUUGACUUUGGACUGGUUUCGUAAACUGUAAAUAGCUAAUGGGGCCUAAUGUGAGGUAAAAGUGGGCAGACUCAUAGGUGGCGCUCAAGAAGACCCCGCUAUAUGAAUUCCACAGGGCUCAGGGUGGUAAGAUGGUGGAGUUUGCAGGAUGGAGUAUGCCUGUGCAGUACAAAGACAGUCACAUUAACUCACACAUGCACACACGCCAGCACUGCUCCAUCUUCGACGUCAGUCACAUGCUGCAGACUAAAGUCUAUGGUAGAGACGGAGUGAAGUUCAUAGAGUCUCUGAUUGUUGGAGACAUUGUUGAACUAAAAGACAACCAGGGCACUCUCUCCCUCUUCACAAACGCUAAAGGAGGAAUCAUGGAUGAUCUGAUAGUGACCAAGACAGACCAGGGUUACCUUUAUGUUGUCUCCAAUGCUGGCUGUGCAGACAAAGACUCUGCUCAUAUGCAGGCCAGACUGCAGGAGUUUAAAGCAGCAGGUCAUGAUGUAGAUUUGGAGUUCAUGGAAGAAAGUCUUAUUGCUCUGCAGGGCCCAUCAAUGGCCCAGGUUCUGCAGAAAGGUGUGGGUGAUGACCUCAGGAAGCUGACCUUUAUGACCAGUGUUUUGACCCCAGUGUUUGGCAUUCAGGGCUGCAGGGUCACGCGCUGCGGAUAUACAGGGGAGGAUGGAGUUGAGAUCUCAGUACCAAGUGGAGACGUUGUCUCACUGACUGAAAAGUUGUUAGCCGAUACUGAGGUGAAACUCGCUGGUCUCGGUGCCAGAGACAGUCUCAGGCUGGAGGCGGGACUUUGUCUCUAUGGCAACGACAUUGAUGAGACCACCACACCUGUGGAAGCAAGUCUUGUUUGGACUAUAGGUAAGCGCCGUCGACAGGCACGAGAUUUUCCCGGUGCUGACAUCAUUGUUCCACAAAUAAAGGCAAAAACUCAGAGAAAGAGAGUGGGACUGAUCUCCACUGGACCACCUGUCAGACAGCACACACCAAUCCUGUCAUCUGACGGCAGGGUUAUAGGUGAGGUCACCAGUGGAUGCCCCUCCCCCUGCCUCAAACAAAAUGUUGCCAUGGGCUACGUGGAAGCUGGCUUCAGUAAAGUGGGCACAUCAAUCCAGGUGGAAGUGAGGAAGAAAGUAGUGCCAGCAGUGGUCAGCAAGAUGCCAUUCGUGCCCACCAAGUAUUACAUGGGCCAGUAGACCUACUGAUCAUAAAGCCAUCUGUGUGUACAAGAGGGUCUGUUGAAGACCUGUCUGGUAGUAUUUAGUAGUGGAGGUCACUGCCACUGGAUUGCUGCUGGAAUGGAGACCAACAUUAGAGAUUACGCAAAGCCUGAGACACACGCCAACAUUGAGCAUUCCAUAAUGCAAACUAUAAACACAAACAUAAUUUACUUCCAUUUAAAUUACAUUCCAGGGCAUUCUGUAAUAAUUGCACAACAUUUUGGCCACUUCACUUGAAAUUCAAAUCAAAUGGAAUUUCAGGAUGUGGGAAAGGACCACUUGCUGUUUCUGUGUGUGUGUCUAACAUAGAGCACUUAAAAUGUUA